UCCAGCCUGUUGGAUCCUGCCGCCAUGGCCGCGUGAAAUCCGAGGCAUCAUUUUUCUCGAGAGCGGCUCCGUGGAUCCAUGGGAAGCGAGAAGUCCAGCGCAAAGAAGGCUGCGACCAAGAAGCGCGCGGUGAAGCAGGCCGCCAAGGAGCCACACAAGGGGAAGGAGACACAGGCUAGAAAGAAGGAGCCUGCGAAGGCCAAGAAGGCCAAGGCGCUGACGCGGGCCCAGGAGGCCGCCCUGGUGGAGGGCCUGAUCCAGGGCGCGCCUGGAAUUGCAGCUCCGCAGCCUCUGCCCCUGAGCGCGCUCACCAAGCACAAGGGCGUGGCUUGGCAGUGGCUGGAGGGAGGCCGCAUGCAGUACCCCAUCCCCAUCGGCUGCAAGAGGCCACUGUCUCCCUUCAACAGCGAUGACUAGGCGACACGGCGAGGUGCUGCUUGGACCAUGGGGUUUCCUCACCCUGUCAAUCGGUUGGGCCUUUUUGGGGCGGGUCCGCUUCGACCAUUGGGGGGGGGUUGAGUCCAGUUUGAUCUUCGGUCUUGGCUGCCUACAUGAGCUGCGCUCCCGCGAAGCGCGUCAGCGGGGCCGCGGCGGGUUUCCCACCGGGUUUCACCCCUCGCCCCCAAAGCGGCGGCAGAAGCCCGCGUGCGCGAGCACGCGCGCGAGCACGCCAUUGGUUGCGGG